AUGGCUCAAGUUUCAGAUUAUAUGUACAAAUACUUGAGGCUUAAGAAACCAAAUAGAAUAUUAUGUCAAAGAGUGUUCAAAUGUGUCGUCAAUUCAACAAUUGCUCUUAUAUUAUGUUUAAAUCCAAAUACACUCUCCAAGCUUGGAGCCGAACCUGCAAUGUUACCAUUAUUAUCAGUUAUGGUUCAUCCUGGAAGAAGAUUUGGUACAAUGAUUGAGGCAUCAUUCUUAUGUACAUCAGGAUUGUUAUUGGGUAACGCUUAUGCUUUACUUGGAAGAUUUUUAGCUCAAAAAGCCCUGGGAUCGAAGUUAGAUUUAAUUGAUAAAUUACAAAAGACUGAAAAUUAUCAUAACUAUCAAGCAGCUUUAGCUAUAUUGGCAGUUCUCGAAAUAUUGAUGUUGUUCUUUCAUGGUUGGAUGAGAAGUAUAUCCCAUAAAUUCUUUGCCAUGGUUUUUCCAUUAUUUCUUGUUGUUCAUUUCACAUUUAUGGGAGAUUUGAAGACUAGUGCAGCUGAAAUGGCUGAGAGUUUCACCGUACCAUUUUUCGUUGGUAUUGCAUUCUCAUUAGCUUGUAACUUGAUUAUAUUCCCAGAAUUCGGAUCAUCAUAUUUGGGUAGAUCUAUGAUAUUAUCAUUAAAUGAAGUUCAAGAUACAAUUGAUUCUACAGUGCAAUUUUUCAUCUCAACAGGAAAUGAUAAAGCACUAUAUAUAAAGGAACCAUUAAAUCUAGCACAAUUAACUAAAAAGAAAACAACAUUAAGAGCUAAAAUAAAUACAACACAAGCAGUUUUACAAGAAUGUAUGUAUGAAAUUUCAUACUCAUACGUAUCACCAGUUCAGAUCAAGAGUGUUUUAGAAUUAUUAAAAUCUCAAUUAUCAUAUGUCAGUGCUUUGAUUAAUGCAUCACAAUUAGAAUUUUCAUUAUUAAAUGAAAAAACCAAAUUAAAUGGUUCAGAAAAAGGUGAUUUAUUGUUAACAGUUUUAGAUCGUGCUCAUUCACCUAUUUUUAAUCUUCAUAAAGUUAUUUCAGAAAGUUUAUAUGUUAUAAAAUUAGCAAUUGCCCAUUCAUAUGAUGCUAAUAUGAAAAUGGUUAAUAAAUCUUCAUGUAUUGAAUUCCUAGAUGUUGACAUUAAAUCAGUUGAUUUUGAUGAUCGUAUCAAUGCUUUAGCAAAAGCUAUGGCUGAUUUUGAUAUAACAUUAAGAAAUGAACUUUAUAAUUUGAAUACAGAAUAUGAUGAAUAUUUAUCACCAAAUGAUGAUAUGUUUUUAUUAUCAUCAUUCCUUAUGAACUUGAAAGAAGUUGCAAAUUCUGUUUGUAACGUUAUGAAAGAAACUAAAACUAUUUAUGAAUAUCGUUUAAAACAAGAAUCAAAGGGAAUUUUCGGAAGAAGAUUAUGGUUUUCAUUUUUAACUUCUACAGAUCAAUUAAAAGGAUGGUUUGUUGCUAAUAAAAAUGAUAUGGCAAAUGCCAAUGAAACUGCUAGUUUAACAGGUGAUACACAAUCUAAAAUCUUUUUAGGUGAUGAAGAAACAAGACCUCGCACAAAAUCAUUGGCUUCAGAUAUUACUAAUGAAAAACCAGCUUUGGAUCCAGGACAAAAUAAUCAAGAACAAUCUAAAAACUAUUUCGAUAAAUUUGUUGUAUGGGCUUUAGAAUUUUAUGAAGAUUUUAAACCUCAUUUUAAAUUUGGGUUCCAAAUCACAGUUGGUUUAAUGCUUGCUUCAUUCCCAAUGUUUAUACCAAAAGCUAGAGAAUGGUACGUGAAUAUUAGAGGUACCUGGAUCGGUUUCGUUUGUAUUCUUGUCCUAGAACCAGAAGUUGGUAGUACAUUUUUUGUUUUCUUUUUAAGAGGUGUUGGUGUUAUUUCUGGAGCUGCAUGGGGUUAUUUAUCAUAUGUUGCAGCGAUAAAUCAAACAAAUCCAUAUUUGGAAACAAUUGUUACUGUUUUUUAUGCUAUCCCUGGUUAUUAUUAUUUUUUGGGUACUCCAUAUAUUAAAGCUGCUAUUAUCGGGAUCAUUUCUGUUUAUAUUGUUUUACUUUCUGCUGUUAUCCCAUCAGAAAUUGGUGGUUCAAUUUUAGAAAAUUUCGGUAAAAGAUGUUUAGCCAUGAUUUAUGGUGGUGCUGUUGCUUUAAUUUGUCAAUUACUUAUUUUCCCAAUAAAAGCCAGAGAUGAAUUGAUUAUUGAAGUUUCACAUGCACUCGAAACAAUUGCAAGACUUCAAAUUAUUUAUGCUGUUGGUCUUGAUGGAGAAAAGACGAAAUUAAGUAUGACUGAAGAAAGAUAUGAAAGUUAUAAAAAAUUGUCAGCAAGUGCUAAAACUGCAUUGAAUAAAGCUGAUGCUUAUAGAGCAAGUGCUAAAAAAGAGCCAAGAUUGAAAGGUAACUAUAAUGAUGUGGAACGUGUUUUUUAUGAAGUUAUUUUCAUUCUUAGAGAAAUUUUGGAUAGAAUGGAUAAUAUUGUUUUACUUAGAAGAAUUUAUGGUUCUGCAAUUAUUGAAGAAUUUAAUGAAGUUGUACAUCCAUAUAGAAGACAACUGACCGCUUCAAUCAAUAAUGUUUUACAUAUUAUUCAACGUGCUAUUGUUACUAAAGCUCCACUACCUCAAUAUUUACCAAGUCCUAAAAUUGCACAACAAAGAUUGAUCAUGAAAGUUAGAGAAGUUGUUAAUGAGAGAUAUCCAAAUACCAAACCAAAAGCUAAAUUAUCCAUCAAUGAAAGUGAUAGUGAUGAUAAUGAUGAUGAUAAUGACGGUGAAAUUCAAAUGAAAAUUAAUGGACCACAAAGAAAAAUUCAUAAUUUACAAUAUGAAAAUUUAUUAAAAGAAAGAUUUUUAAGUUGGAAUGCAACUAGUGCAGCAACUGAAGAAAUUAUUGAAUAUUUAGAAGAGUUAAUUGAACUAACUAAGAUUCUUGUUGGUGUUGAUGAGUUUAAGUAUGGAUUUUUAAGUCGUUCUUUAUUCACUACAUAUGCAGCAAAAGCCGCAAGAGGUUAUAAGUCAGUUUCAAAUAAUGAUGAAAAUCGUUAUAAUGACCCAAGAAAUUCAUCUUCUGCAAUUAUUGAUGAAGAUGAUGAAGAUAAUGAUACAGCCUCAUCAAUGGAGGAAGGUGAUGUCAAUCCAAUUGCUUUAGUUAAUACUUCAAAUUCUCAAUCUCAAAGAUCUAGAAAAUCUAUGGAAAGUGCAGGAUCAGGUAUUUCAAAUGGAUUUCGUAAACGUGUUUAUUCAAUUGGAUCUUGGGUUCGUGGUGAUAUGUCAAGAACUAGAUCACUUGGUCAAUAUUCAGAAGGUGAUAAUGAUAUGGAUCCAAAUGGUGAAGAAGAUGAAGAAAUGCCUUUAGCUUUGAUGAGAGUUGUUAGUAAAAAAAGUACAAUCGGGAAAUAG